GUUUCUGCCACACUGUAGGAUUGUGGGUAGUGUAGUACUUUCCAAUGAUAUCGCGGAGACCUGUAGCUGUCUCCCAGAGUGGAGGAGGGUCGACAGUCUGUGGCUGGGGUGAAAUAUCCUGGUUCCUGGAUCGAGCAUUGGAGAAUUUGGUUCAACCAUGUUCUUGAAAAGAAACACGUGUCUGCUGGUUUUUCUGUUGUGUUCUCUGACCUUGUGGUGCAAGUCGACCAGUGCAGGCUCCAGUUUCCUCAGCCCUUCACAAAAACCUCAGAACAAGGGGAAGCCUUCCAGAGUUGGCCGCCAAGUCAUGGAGGAGCCUCAUCAACCCACCGAUGACGACCACCACAUCACAGUAAGUGCCCCCUUUGAAAUGGGCAUCACCAUGACAGCAGAGGACUUUGAGGAGUAUGGCGUGUUGCUGCAGGAGGUCAUCCGGCGUGUGCUGGGAAACACGGAGACAGCAGAGAGACCAACCUAACUUGAAGACCAUGGACCAGCUUUGCAGAUUUGUCAUCUAAUUGCCUCCAGUUUCACCAUCAUUAAAAUCUGACUGAAAGUGUCUGUCACCUUUAGUUUUACAACUUUAAAACAUUACUCACUGUUUCUGAAUAAUCUGUACCACUAAAUCUAAAGACAUGACUGACGUCUAGAACAUGACAAAUCAUAGAUUGAAACUGUAACCAUGUGUACGAUUUAACAAAAUAAUUUAAAUUCAAUGUCUUUUUUUUAUAGAAAUGGUUGUGUAUCACAUAACCUUAUUAUGGAGCUUUACCAGCGUAAACACAAUUGAAUAUGAAUUCAAAUAAGUACAGACUUAAUAAAAAAAUAAGCUGAAUAUCAUAAAAUAUAGAACUUUAGUUGUUUAGACUUUGGUUUCUCAGUCAGCUGUUUUUCCCCCUUUCAUUAGGUGAUAUAAUGGAGAGAAGCUGUUAAGUUGAAAAUGUUAUAUACCUCUGUAAUAUGCAAGCAUUGAGAGAAAUAAACCCCUAACGAAAUCCA